AGUUGUGCACAGAUGGGUGCGACAAAGUUUUUCCACUCUCUUUUGUUUCUGUUUCUCAGUUUCUCUCUCACUACCCACCUCUCUAUUGGAGCUGCAGGCACUCUCUCUGUUGGUGAAUCUAUUUCUGGAAAUCAAACCAUAGUCUCUGAAGGAGCUGGGAUCUUUGAAUUGGGUUUUUUUUCUUCGGGUAAUAACUCUCAGAACUACUACAUCGGUAUCUGGUACACACAGAUAUCUUCGAUAACCUACGUUUGGGUGGCAAACAGAGAUAAACCACUCUCUGAUAAGUAUUCUUCACAACUGAAGCUGUUAGAGGAUGGAAACCUAGUCAUCAUCGAUUCAUCGAAAACCCUUAUCUGGUCGACAAAUUUGACCUCCACAUCUUCGAAUUCUACUGAGGUAACACUUCUUGACUCUGGAAAUCUUGUUUUGAGAAAUGUCUUGAAUUCCUCUGACUUGAUAUGGGAGAGCUUUGAUCAUCCAACGGACACUUGGUUGCCUGGUGGAAAGCUUGGGCAUAACAAACUCACCAAUGAAUCACAACGCCUCAUUUCAUGGAAGAGUUCAGAGGAUCCAGCACCGGGGCUCUUCUCUCUCGAGCUAGACCCUGCUGGAACCAAUCAGUAUUUUAUAGUGUGGAAUGAAUCUGUGAAGUACUGGACGAGUGGGACUUGGAAUGGUAAGAUUUUCAGGCUAGUUCCUGAAAUGACAAGUAACACUGCCUAUAUGUUCACUUUCGCCUAUGUUUCGAACCAGAAGGAGAAUUAUUUCACUUAUAAUUUAUAUAAUUCCUCCUCUAUUAUCACUAGAUUUGUCAUGAAUAUGGAUGGGCAGAUCAAUCAACUUGUUUGGUUGGAAGGACUUGGUUGGAGUUUAUUUUGGGCUCAACCGAGACAACAGUGCGACGUUUAUGCUCUUUGCGGGGCUUUCGGUACCUGCUAUCCUCAAUCUUUGAUUCCCUGUGCUUGUUUGCAAGGAUUCAAUCCACUUUACGAAACAAACUACUCAAAUUUGAGUGAUUGGUCUGGUGGGUGCGUGAGGGAUAUCCAACUGCAAUGUGUGAAUAAUGCCUCUGUAAAUGGGGAGACAGAUGGGUUUAAAAUGAUGUCUAAUAUGACGUUGCCCAUAAAUGCACAAUCUGUGGCAGUUGGGAGUGCCCAAGCCUGUGAAUCGGCUUGCUUGAACAACUGUUCUUGUAAUGCUUAUGCGUAUAACACCAGUGGCUGCUUUGUGUGGGAAGGAGAUCUCUUGAAUCUGGAACAGCUCUCAGCUGGCGACACUGGUGGACAAGACCUAUAUCUCAAACUUGCUGGCGCUGCAGGUAACAAUCAGGGAUUAGCUACUGGUGCUAUUGUGGGCGCUGUUUCAGGGGUUCUAGCAGCAGGCCUCUUGGGUCUUCUGGUGUUGCUAAUAUGGAAAAGGCAGAGGAGGAAAUUAGCUGGACCUUCUAAGGUAGUUGAGGGUUAUAUGGUUCCAUUUUCAUACAAAGAUUUGCAGAUUGCAACCAAGAACUUCUCUGAAAAGCUUGGGGAAGGAGGAUUUGGUUCUGUUUUUAAAGGGACUUUGCCUGACUUGAGUGUUGUAGCUGUGAAGAAGCUUGAAGCCCUCAACCAAGGAGAGAAGCAGUUCCGAACUGAAGUAAGUACGAUUGGGACAAUUCAACAUGUUAAUCUUGUUCGUCUCCGUGGCUUUUGCUCUCAAGGUACUAAUAGGUUGCUGGUCUACGAUUUUAUGCCAAAGAGCUCUUUAGAUUCCCAUUUGUUUUAUGGAGAAAAGGGCUCUGAGGUUUUAGACUGGAAAACGAGAUACCAAAUUGCACUUGGGACAGCUAGAGGAUUAGCUUAUCUUCAUGAGUCGUGCAGAGAAUGCAUCAUACAUUGUGACAUCAAACCUGAGAACAUUCUUUUAGAUGCUGAAUUCUGUCCCAAAGUGGCUGACUUUGGCCUGGCAAAACUUGUUGGUCGGGAAUUCAGUCGGGUUCUGACAACCAUGAGAGGGACCAGAGGAUACAUCGCACCAGAGUGGCUUUCGGGUGUGGCCAUCACAACCAAGGCAGAUGUUUACAGCUAUGGUAUGAUGCUCUUUGAGCUUAUUUCGGGGAGGAGAAAUUCGGGCAAAUCUGAUUAUGGUGAGAAGGUUGGGUUUUUUCCUACUUGGGCAGCAAGCAAAAUCAAUGAAGAUGGAGAAAUCCUCAGCAUUUUGGACUACAGGUUAGAAGGUAAUGCUGAUCUGGCAGAACUCAUCAGAGUUUGUAAAGUUGCUUCUUGGUGCAUUCAAGAUGACGAAGUUGAUAGACCAUCAAUGGGUCUGGUGGUUCAGAUGCUUGAGGGGACAGUGGAGGUUAGCCCACCUCCCAUUCCUAGAACUCUUCGAGUUCUUGAGGAGAAUCAUGAGCACAUAGUUUUCUUCUCUGAGAUAUCCUCCAAACAGAGUUCACAAACACGGAGUACCACCUCCAGUAUUUCAUCUCCGUCUAGGAGCACUAUGGAAUCCACAAAUUCCAUCAGUUGCUGAAAU